UAAUUGAUGGUUUUAUGAUAAUAGCGACAUUGAUUUUAGUAUAUAAAUUAUUCUAAAAUCAAUGCUACCAGUCACCGGGUUGUGAGUCAAACGUGCACACGUUUGUAAUUGUGUGUUAUUUUUACAAUAUUUAAAGCCAAAAAGACCGGCCGUUAUAUUCGACCGUCAUGUCAGUCGUCCAUGCUGCAUUUGAAUCUGCCGGCAAAACAGCUGGACUAAAGAUCUGGAGAAUAGAAAAUUUCGAACCAGUACCGUAUCCAGUAAAAGAUUAUGGAAAAUUCUAUACCGGAGAUUCGUACAUCGUUUUGAAUUCAAACGGGAAUUCCGACAUAUACUACUGGUCUGGAAGCGAAUCUUCACAAGAUGAAAUCGCAUCAGCAGCUAUGCAUGCUGUGCAACUGGAUGACGCUCUCGGAGGUGCACCAGUCCAGCAUAAAGAAACUCAGGAUCACGAGAGCCAUGCGUUUUUGUCUCUUUUUUUACCUUCUAUCCGUUAUUUGCCCGGUGGUGUAGCUUCGGGAUUCCACCAUACGGAAAUCAAUCCUGGCGGCGAGAAAAAACUGUAUCAAAUCAAAGGCAAAAAGAACGUUCGAGUCAGGCAAGUAGCUCCAAAUGUGUCGGCGAUGAAUCAAGGCGAUUGCUUUAUUUUGGACACCGGUAAGGAAAUUUACUUGUACGUUGGACCACAAGCAAACGGAACAGAGCGACUCAAAGCCAUCAGCGUUGCUAAUCAAAUUAGAGAUCAGGAUCAUCUGGGAAGAGCCAAAAUAAAUAUCGUUGACGGAUCUAGCACGCCAGAAGAAAGCGACCAGUUCUUUGAGCAAUUGGGUUCAGGAUCGGCCGACCAAGUAGCACCGGCUGUCGAUGACGAUGUAGAAUUUGAAAAGAAAGAAGCUAUAACACCGGUUUUGUACAAAAUAACCGAUUCACAAGGUGGACAAAUUUCAUCAGAAAGAGUCAAUGAAAAACCACUUCUCCGAUCUCACUUGGAAACCGACGACUGUUUUAUUUUGGAUACGGUUUCUUCUGGUGUAUACGUGUGGAUCGGCAAAAAAGGAACGUCUCAAGAAAAAGUGGAGUCCGUGAAACGAGCGCAAGCUUUCAUCCUGGAGAACAAUUAUCCUGCUUGGACAAGAGUUGUAAGAGUUGUCGAGGGCAGUGAACCAACUGCGUUUAAACAAUAUUUCGAAAAUUGGAAAGACAAUUGAGGAGAGAUGAAGGUGGAUUCCAUUUGAAAUAAAAUAUACAUAUAGAAUAUAUGUAGAAUGUUUUGAGUUUUUUUUUUAAAUAUUACUAAAAUAAUAAGCGUAUUUAAAUUUGUUAUAUGUUAUUUUAAAUACAUGUAUUAGUUUUAAA